AAGGACUGAAGCCCCAAGUGUGCUGAGAAAGAGCUGCCUUGAAGCAAAGGAAAGGGCAGACAUCUGUGCAAGGAACCCUUUUCCCACGAUGUAAAAUGAUGAGGCUUGGGGGACGGGGGAAUGUGAGAGCUCCUCCUGGGUGCGACCCUCCCUCCUUUGCUGGACAGAAGCAAGAAAUUACAGAGCUGGUCUCUGGUGGUGACUUUUCCGAAGAGAGCAUGGUGUGGCAGCAUGGUUCAAGUGAGGGCUGUGCUGAAGGACAGGAGAUGGCUUUGGCUGCUCAGGAAGCUGUGCGUGCUGAUAGAAGGCCUGGCCGCCAUCACUGCCACCAGCACUGCCACGAGCACUGCCACCAGAGCAGUGCCAGGUCCUCAGGCAGGAGGGAGGCAAAGCAGCCAGAGAGCGAACGCUGGCGGGUCCACGGGCCAUGUGGGUCCCUGUCCUGCUUCUGCUCAACCCCCUGGUCCUGCUGCCCCCAGCCCAUGCUGCUGACCCUGGCCAGUCGUGCCCAUCGGAGAUGAACAAGGUCAAGGACCUCCUGGAGGUGAACUGCACAGGGCAGGCUCUCAGCACAGUGCCCACAGACCUUCCUGAGGACACAGGCAUCCUGCUGCUCAACGCCAACAACCUUGUGUCCCUCUCCACCGCCGCCUUCCUGCCCCUCACCCAGCUGCAGGACCUCGACCUGUCUGACAACGGGCUGGCGGCUCUGUACACCGGGCCCCUGCUGCCGUCCCUGCGGGAGCUGAUCCUGUCCCACAACGCGCUGGGGGCCCUGCCCGCCCUGCAAGGCCUGCCCGCCCUCACCCGCCUGGCCGUGGCCCACAACAGCCUGGCCAUGCUGGCCCCGGGGGCUUUUCGCAUCGUGCCGCAGCUGCAGGACCUGGACCUGCGAGGGAACCAGCUGCGGACGCUGCCCCAGGAGGCCUUUGCGGGGCUGAGGAUGCUCAAGGACUUGGACCUCUCGGACAACCUCCUGGAGAAGCUCCCCAGGGAGCUGCUGCAAGAUCUGCAAAGGCUGGAGACCCUCUGGCUGUCGGGAAACCACCUGCAGACGCUGCCCACUGACUUUUUUCCCGAGGGGCACCUCUUUGCUUACGUCUUCCUCACAGAGAACCCCUGGCACUGCGACUGUGACCUGCGCUACCUGCGGGACUGGAUCAGGGAGAACGAGGGCAGCGUCUAUCAGCCAGAGCGGGGCCUGGAGAAGACGAAGGUGGAGCUUGCCCCUGAGAAGGUGCUGUGCCACAGCCCCCCCGAGCACCAGCGCAAGCCUGUUAUCCGCUUCAAGCCCAACUGCGGCAACGUGGGGGAUGCGGAUGAGGAAGAGUAUGAAUAUGAUGAUGGGGAAGAAACUAUGGAGAAAGCUGCUGCUGUCACCUUCCCACCACAUCCACCCAUCCCCACAGAGCACACUACCCUGCCCCAUGUUGUUACGUGGCCUCCCCCCACUACUGCACGACCUCCUUCCACCCUUGCCCCAAGCACUUCACCUCCUAUGCCUGCAAGCACCGGAGCUCCCAGUACCACCACUCCUGCACCACCCAGUCCCACCAUCACACCCACACCAACCCCCAGCACUGCCACCAUUCUCAUCACCGCUCCCACCAGCACCCCACACAGACUCACCACCCUCGUCUCCGCCACCUCGCCACCAACCACGGUGAGCACCAGACCUCCCAGCACCAGCAGCAGUCCCCAAAUCAGGCUUGCCACCAGCACUACCAACACUUACACCACCCUCAUGGUGUCCACUGGAGCAUUUUUCAUCACCUCCAUGGCACCACCUUCUACUGCCACUCUAGAGACCUCUUCUGUUGUUGGAUCUUCAUCUCCUUCCCUGACAUCGACUACACUGGUGGUCUCCACCACUAUGCCUUCCGCUCAUGCCCCAAUGCCACCAGCUGCCCUGAACACCACCCAGCCUUCCCCUUCCCCUCCACCUGCACCUCUCCCCCUCUGCCCAUGUUCCAUCCCAGCACCAGUCUUACCUGUCCUGCGCUCAUGGGCGGGUGCGGAGGGUCCGCAGGGCGGGCAGUGGGUGCUGAGGCACUGCUGCCUGUUGCAUUGGGUGCUCUACCUGGCCUCCUUGGCUCUGCUGGGCCUGACCCUGCUGGCUCUGAUGGGCUGGCUGAUUUGGAUGUGUCUGGUGGGACGGUCCUCCUGGCACCAGUCCCUGCAGAGCCAGGAGGUGCGGAAUCCGCUGCUGAGGUGGAAAGAGUCGGCAGGAAGCCCCACGAUGCAUCUCAGCAGCUUCAAAAACCCCCUCCAGCACCGUAGGUUCUGUACCAUCAAGGAAGUGGAGUUGUGCCCCGAGGUCAUUACGUCCUACACUUACUGCACGAUUAAAGACCUGGGGGUACGGCGCAGUCCUCCUGCAGGUUCCUCCUUCUGCACCACGAAGAAGCUGUGGGUCCACCAUAGUCCUCCAAAGGCUUCGGUCACAAACCUCAGCUCCCUCAGGACCCCUUCUGCUUAUAGUCUGGACAGGGGUGUCGAGGCCAUCGGUGAUGUCAGAGUGAAAUAUGCUGGCAGCACCUUGUAAAUGCUUCUGUAAAUUCAGAGAAAGACGUAGAGGGUCGUGGCCCUGCUUCACAUCACCGUGUUUUACAGGGGAAAGAUCUGCUUGCCCAGGGGAAGCCAUCCAGCUCCUUCCUCUAGUACUGCUCUCAUGCACCCUGAGGUUUCUAGAUCUGAAAUCAUUGUCCAUACUUAGGCACUUGGCAGGGGGAGAAGAACGGAUCAGUGAUAGUUUGGGGCAGACAUUGCCUGGUUUUGGGGUGAGUGUGGGAAAAAAGAGGUCACUUUGUACCCCGUGUCCAAACUGCUUCUGUCUGAAUGAUGCACUUAAAGAUGCGCUUUGCUUCCAACUCUGUGCCCAAUUACUAAUCACAGAAUAAAUAUUCUCUUUGCCUAAA